AUGCUGCGAUGUCUACUUCAUCGGACAUUUGUUCCUUUUCAGCAGGCGAGCUGGGAAGUUCACCGGCAAUGCACAGCUCGGGGAAUGCCCUGGGCGUUGCUUCUGGCUGCAGCCUUUCUCCCGCGACCAAGGGCUUGCAGCGCGGACGAGCAGGCCUCUGUCAACUACAUCCAGGUGCCACGCGAUGGCUCCAAAGUCUUUCUUGCCAUGGAGCCCGGCAUUGCGGCAGGUGCAGCUUCCCCUGCGCAGUAUGCAGCGCAGGCGGUGCCGCUGCGCGACGCCCGCCGGGCGCCGCCGCGCUUGGGCCAAGAGGCUGCGCAGCUGCUGCGCGCGGCCACGCGGCUCCUGCCAGAGGACUUCUACGACUCGGGCAGGGUAGUAGCCGAGUACUACCAAGAAGUCCGCGAUGCCAUAAAAGACGCCACAGGUGCUGUGGAAGUCAUCGUUUUCCACCACAUUGUCCGGAACGAGGCUCUUCAGGCCAGCCCGGGCUUGGACAACCGUGGGGCUGGCGUCGGAGGAUAUGCCAGGAACGCGCAUGCGGACUACACGGCAAGAACCGCAGUUGGUGCGGCAAGGCAGUCGCUCAGCCGCAUCACGGAUCCGGAGGUGCGCAGCCGCUGCCAAAAGUGCCGGUUUGUGCUCGUCAAUGCCUGGCGGAACAUCAGUGACCUGCCGGUGCAGCAGCACCCUUUGGCCGUGUUGGAUGCCCAAACUUUGAAGGAGGAGGACCUGGUGACGGUGGAGCUGCGCUACGCCACCUUCAGCUCCGAGUCCCUUCAGCUGCGCCCGGCGCCGCGGCACCGGUGGCUCUAUGCACCAGGCAUGGAGAAAGAUGAGCUUCUGCUCUUCAAGCAGUAUGAUUCAGAUCCGACACAGCCGCAGCACGCCUUCCACUGUGCCCUGGAUGUGGCAGUGCCGGGGAGCCCUGCGCGGGAGUCCAUCGAGGCGUGGCCAAUGGGCAAGCAGCUGCUGGGAAGGGCGGCUAGCUCACUGGGACUGGAGCUGCAUGGCGGAAGCCUGCGCCUGGUGCUUCCCCGCCUGACACCGCGCAUGUACACCAGGCCUUUGGCCCUGGCCUUGGCGAAGGCGCUACCGGAGCUGGAAGUGGAAAGCUAUGAUGCGGACCUCACAGACGCCGAGCGGCAGCCGGUGAGCUACCUGCUGCCCAUGCCGGCGCUUGGCAAGUUCCGGGCCUGGGCGGAGAAGUUGGGGGUGCCGGAAGGCAGGCUCACAUUGCCGCCGUGGCUGGCAAACAUGGACAAGCGGAAGCGGAAGAAUCUAGAUGAAGAACAAGUGCAGCCAUUGUUCUUCCAAGAGCCCAGCGCAAAGGACCUGAUGGAGUAUCAGAAGCAGGGCAUCCUUUUUGGCAUCAGCCGCCAGGGCCGCGUCCUUCUUGCUGACGACAUGGGCUUGGGUAAAACCGUGCAGGCAAUCGCCAUUGCCUUCCAGUGGCGACAGAGCUGGCCGAUGCUUGUGGUGUGCCCUUCGUCUUUGCGAGGCGUUUGGCUGGAGCAGUUGGCGCGCUGGACGCCCAACGUCACAGCGCAGGCCAUCUACUCGGGGGCCACGCCUUUGGACCCGAGCACCGACGUGGUGGUGGUCUCCUACGCACUUUUGGCCAAGUGCCCGGCUUUGCAGAGAUUCAAUGGCCAGCGCUACAAGAUCGUCAUCGCAGAUGAAUGCCACUACAUCAAGAACCCUGACGCACUGCGGACCCAGGCCGUCAUGCGACCCGCCGAGAAGACCGAGCGCCUGAUCCUCGUGAGCGGUACGCCAGUGCUGAAUUCUGCCAUGGAGCUGUGGCCUCUGCUGCGGCUGUUGGACCCAGCCAUUGGCGAUAAGCAGGACUUUGCGUCCAGGUAUUUCAAGGGCACGAGCAAGGACUUCGGCAAGUUGAAGUACGUCAACCCGGUCCGGGAGCAGGAGCUUCACCACUACCUUUUCGCCACGGUUGGGCUGCGGCGGAAAAAAGAGGAGGUGCUGUCGCAGCUGCCGCCAAAGCGGCGCCAAACCAUCAGACUGCGGGAGUCCGCGCUGACAGAUGCCACGGAACUCCGCGAUCUGGAGUCCAAACUCUUCUCCAACGAACGUUGGGCGAACAAUGCCAGCAUGAAGGACAAAUCAAAGGCCCUUGACCUGGUGAUGCGGGUGAAGAAAAGGGCGUGCGUGGAGUAUGUGCAAGACCUGAUCAACAAUGGCUGUGGGAAAUUCCUGCUUUUUGCCCAUCACCACACCAUGCUUGAUGACCUGGAAACAGCUCUGCAGCAAAGGCUGGGUGGUGACUAUGUCAGAAUUGACGGCAAGACGUCGCAGCAAGCGCGGCCAGAUUUGGUGCGCCGUUUCCAGGAGGAUCCGCACUGCCAUGUAGCCCUUCUUAGCAUCACGGCGUUGGCAGAAGGCCAGACGCUGACGGCGGCAGAAGCCAUCGUCUUCGCUGAGAUGGCUUGGGUGCCAGGCUUGAUCCUCCAAUGCGAGGGAAGAGCCCACCGGAUCGGGCAAACGCAGUCCAUCUUGAUCCAGUACCUGCUUUUGGACAGCUCCAAGACCGAUAGCACUUGCAUGAAGCUCUUGGAGGAGAAGCACCGGCAUGCUGGAAUGGUGCUAGACGGAAAACAUGAACAGCUUUUCGAUGAAGAACUUGGCUUGGAGGCGGGUCGAGAAGUGGUCCGCCAAGGCCCUGCAAAAAAAGCAAGGCCGCACACAGCGAUGGGAGCGCAUCCCAAGUCACGAGCAGAACCCGCAGCAAAGUCGUGGAUUGCGACGGGCAAAGGCAGCGAAGGCGAGACAGCGCCGAAGGCAGCGCCAAAGGCAGCGCCAAAAUCGGCGCCAAAGACAGCGAGGCCCAAGCCAGCGCCCUCCAGGAGUAUCAAGGCAGAGCUCAAUGAUGGGGAGCAAUAUGUCAUUCUGCAGCCUCUGCACUUGGGCCUGAACCUGAGGAUUGGGCAGAAGUAUGGCAGGGCCGACCUGGAAAGCCGUUGCAAGGGGGACGAUCAGAAGUUGGCACGGCUGGGGUUCUUCAUGAAGGAGGGCCAGAAGCUGAAGCUGGCCCCGCUGGGAGCGCCAGCUUCGUUGAAGAGGAAGAGGUAG